UUGUAAAUUUAAACAAUUGAGCCAACCAUUUCAAUUAUUCUUCAUUUCUUUCCAUGCCGACUAAUUCUUUUCUUUAUCUUCUUUCUAACUAUGGACCAACACAAUCAAAACCAAACUAAACCCAAACUCAAACUCAAAAUCAAAUCAAAAACGUCUAAUUUCUUUUUGGGUUGCUUUGGAAUUUCCAUGAAGCCGGCGGAUUCUCCGGAAAAAUCUUAUAAACAGCGCACCAGCUGGUUUUCCCGGUCAACUGCUUUGCUGAAACAGUCAGCCGGCGGCGGCACCAAAACUGUUCCGAUUGAUUCUGAUGAGAAAAUACCGAGUAAAAUGUCCUUUAAAACGUUAAAGAAGAAGAAGAAGUUGAAGAUCAAGACCGCGGACUCCGAUAUUGAGGUCUCUGUUAAACAGAAAAAUCCGCCGGCUGAUCCACUUAAAUCGCCGGCGUCAGCUCCUGAAGUGACUGCUGUUGAAGGACCUAAAGAGGUUUGUGAUAAAAAGGUUGUCAAAGAAAAUGGCAAGCUUUUGGAUGUUGGGGCGGAUUCUCCAAACAAGUUGUCUUUUCGCAAGAAGUUAGAUGCCAUAAGAAAUGGCUCGUUCAAUUUAACCGACCCAAAAUCAAAGUCAAACCGAACCAUUUCACGGUCUACUUCAGUUUUGACCGCUUUAAACUCACCGGAAAACUCGCCGGCCAUAAGGAAAAAGGAUCGGAAUAAAGAGACAGAAAUAACUGGAAAUAGAUUUGACCAAGUAAUUGGUAUGUCCAUAGUGAUGGUGACCUUAAUAAUAAUGUUAUUUUGGGGUAGGUUAUGUGCCAUUCUUUGUACGUGUGCAUGGCUAUAUUUUGUUCCUGUUUUAAGGGCUCCAAAUGAAAUGAGAAAAAAUGGGCCGGGUUUGGGUGAACCAAAUUUUGACUCCGACGAGUACAAAAGGAGGGUGGUUUUAGAGGGGUUUCUUGAAAGAAACAACCGAUCACUGUUGUGAUUUUUUUUUUUUCAUGUUAUGUGGAAUUUUGUGUAAAUUGUUAGUAGCCAGGUUUCUCACAGUGUUUAUUUAUUUAUUUUUAAUUAUUGUAACAAAUUCUAUAACUAAAUUUUGAUAAUAUGACUCAAUUUUAAAAGUUUA